AAAGACUUUUCGUCAAAUAGCAAAAAUAAACUGAAUAUUGUUGAACCUUUUUGUUGAUUUGUGGAGCAGUCCAAGUCUAUUACCCGCAAUGAAUCAGUUCAAGCGCAGUCAUGCUAACUAUGGAAACAUACACUAUACCACUGAGGUUGGAACAAAGAUGGCUCUACGCCAUGUGGCUACCUUUUGUGUAUACCUCAUCGCUGUCACCAUAGUGGGCUACUCAAUGACGCCUAAGGAGAAGUUUUUCUACAAUACGGGCAUGAAGAAAAUCUUUGAACGGGAACUUCGAAUACCGGAAAUAGUAUCGCCAAGAUUUAGUAGGGUGCGUACCAUAAGGGAUUGUUGGAUCUAUUUGGAGCAACGUGUAUUGCCAGCGCUGCAUGAUUACAGAUUUUCAAGUUAUGAUAACAAAUGGCUCCCACAAAUAAACACAAAUACAACUGGCAUUUUAUACUCUGAUAACUUGCUGCUCGGUGCUCCACGUUUACGUCAAGUACGUGUGCGUAAGAAUACUUGUAAUUAUAAUACGGCAUUUUUACGUUAUUUCAAUGACUGUGUAGGCGCAUAUAGGCCACGGUUCGAGGAUACUACAGCUGACUAUAAGGACACGCCCUAUAAGACAAUUGAUGAACUUGAUGCCACUGCUAUAUAUGGUGAGAUAAAUACCUAUGAUACGGGUGGCUAUGUGCAACAGUUGACCUAUAACUAUGAGAAAAACGUUAUAAUAAUUAAUGAAUUAAGAAACAAAACCUGGAUAGAUCGUGCAUCACGUUUGCUGCUAUUGGAGUUUAAUUUGAUUAAUGUCAAUAAAGAACUAUUAAUGAAUGUGAGGCAAAUCUUUGAAAUAAUGCCAGGUGGCUUGGUUGUCACUAAAUAUGAAUCUUUAACUACCUUUUUCGAUCCCCUUUUUGUUAAAAGAGGCUAUGCGAUCAGCAUAUGCGUCAUACUUAUGUAUGGCUUGAAUAUGUACUACACCUACUUUGAAAUAAAGAAGAUCUUUAUAAAUGGCUUUACGCAUCAUAUGACUAAUACGGGAUUCUGGCUAUGCACACCAAGAAUUACACUCAUAUAUGCUUUGCUUUGUUAUAACAUUUGGAGUUAUGUGGCGGUGACACAAAAGAAAGAGGAGCUUAAAGCGCUCAGUGAGGACUUUAUAUCCAUCGAUAAGCUAAUCUAUAUCAAUCAAACUUAUCGCUGUUGCUUAGGCUUUAUCUUGUUUUUAUCAUGGAUAUCAUUGCUUUUGUUUAUGGACUUUAAUCCAGUGCUGCGCACUAUAGGUUUAGCCAUGAGCAAGGCUGCCAAGGACUUGGCUGCUUUUAUAGUCAUGUUUGUUAUACUAUUUAUUGCUUAUGGUGAGCUGGGACUUUUGCUGUUUGGCAGCGAUGUGAAGGACUUUAAGGACUUUAGCACUGCUGUGCUCACUAUGGUGCGCAUGAUUGGCGGCGACUUUGAUUACUUUAAGCUAGAGACUGAUCAUCAGAUAUUGGGGCCCAUAUUCUUUUUAAGCUAUUUGUUUAUUAUGUUUUAUAUUAUAUUGAACAUGUUUCUAGCUGCUAUUGUUUUGGCCUAUAGAACCGCAACCAAAACGGUUAUAUAUAAGCCCAAUUUUCUUUGGUAUGUAAUCAAGAAGAUUCUGUUUCGCCUUACUUUUGGUCUUGUGGCUGCUCCGACGUAUCCUCGCUUGCGCGCAGACAUGCAAUUUGAUGAACACAAUCUGAAGCAGUUACACUUGUUGCAUGAAUAUACCGAAGCGGAGGAGGAUAUGGAAAUCUUGUGUACACGUUUAAAUCUAAUCGAAGAAACUUUUCGUGGUUUUACCAAUACACUGACAGACUUGAUAGCUGAUGCCAAGAAGCGUAACCGUAAGCAUAAGCGCAAAUAGCAGUGGACUGAUUAAAAUUUAUGAGCUGGCCUACUUAUCUCUAAAAGUAUUUCCCCUU